UCCAACGCCUCAAACUCUCCUUAUUCGAGGAGGAGACGCAAGGCCCCCCCAACCCAUUCCCUUUCUGUCUUCUUUAUCACGGGCCGGCAACCGUUUUAAAAGCACAAGCCCUUUGUUUUAGCUCUAGCUGACCCUCCUUGUCUCCCCUCCCCGGGUUUUAUUGAGCCCCUGCUGCUGUAAUAUCCCCUAACCAUGGCGGCGAGUGCGAAGCGAAAACAGGAGGAGAAACACCUGAAGAUGCUGAGAGAAAUGACGAGUUUGCCUCCCAACAGAAAGUGCUUUGACUGCGACCAGCGCGGCCCAACCUAUGCCAACAUGACUGUGGGAUCCUUCGUGUGCACCUCCUGCUCCGGCAUCCUACGAGGACUGAAUCCACCCCACAGAGUCAAGUCCAUCUCCAUGACAACUUUUACACAACAGGAAAUCGAGUACUUACAGAAACACGGCAAUGAGGUAUGUAAACGGAUCUGGCUGAGCCUCUAUGAUGACAGAACCACCUCAGUACCAGACUUCAGAGAACCGCAGAAGGUCAAGGAGUUUCUUCAAGAGAAAUACGAGAAAAAGAGAUGGCACGUUCCUCCAGAGCAGGCGAAGCCCGCGGCCCCCGUCCACGCUUCCAUCUCCGGCUCCUCCAACAGCAGCACCAGCAGCACCCCCGAGGUCAGACCCCUCAAAUCCCUGCUGGGGGAGUCUGCCCCCUCCCUGCACCUCAACAAGAACACCCCCCCUAACCAGUCUCCAGUGGUGAGCCGUGGACAGAGCCAGCAGCAGCCGUUCCACGACAAGAGGUUCGACCUCCUCAGUGAACUGGGGGGAGACAUCUUCGCUGCCCCGCCCAACAUGAACGCCGGAGCCAGCUCCAGUUUUGCUAACUUUGCACAUUUCAACAGCCACACAACUGCACAGAGUGCCAACGCAAAUGCAAACUUUGCUAAUUUUGAUGCGUUCGGCAGCACCUCUGGGUCUUCAGGUGGCUUCCCCUCAGCACCUCAAGCCCAAUUCCAACCCUCAAAUACAGGAGCCGGUCUUGCUGCUGGGGGGGGCUCGGCAGGAGUAGGGGGUCCGCCUCAGAGGCAGCCAGGAGUCCCUGCAGGGUGCGACCGCUACGCUGCUCUGGCUGAGCUGGACACUGUGUUCGGACCCUCAGUCCCUCCCACCAGUGUUUACAACCCCACCAGCACCUCUCAAGGCCGGAGUGUGUUUGGCACAGAGAGUGGGAUGUCCGCAGCACAAGCACAGCAGGCCCUGCCUGGGAUGGCUCAAGGAUUUGGAGCUCAGUCAACCAAUCCGUUUGUAGCGGCCCCGGCAGCCCCUCCCACAAACCCCUUCCAGAGCAACGGCAGGACGGCCCACAUGGCGGCAGCGGCGGCGGCGGCAGCAGCAGCAGCAUCUUUCGGCACAGGCUCCAUGAGUAUGCCCGCUGGAUUUGGGAAUGUGGCAGCCUUCAACCUCCCCACCAGCUUCAGUGGAACGUUCCAGCAGCCGUUCCCCGGCCAGGCCCCCUUCCCUCAGCCCCCGGCGUACCCCCAGCAACCCAACGGCGGAGGAUUUGCAGCCUUCGGCCAGGCCAAGCCCGUUGGCACUCCAUUCGGACAAACAAUGUCCGGACCUAUGAUCUCCAGCAACCCCUUCCUGGGUGCGGCUCCGUCUGCUCAGUAUCCAGCAGGAGGCUCUUCAACGAACCCCUUCUUAUAGCGACCCCUCCCCUCCGCUCCACUACAGGGUCAACAACUGGCGCGCUUGCACCUAUUGCACCGUUUGUUUCACAAGUAGCUUUAAACACAAUGUUUGUAAGGAUUUGUAUUUUCUAUCGCAGUUUGUCACAAGAGAUAUGACAGAGCAUCAUGCUGACACUGUCCAUGGCUACAAAACAAAGUGAUAGUGUGUGCAGAGAGAGAGGACGGUCCCCCCCUUCUCUAUUUAACCUGUCAACUGGCCUGGCCUCGACUGAAAUACAAUGUAUAAUCAAACUGGCUGAAAACUAAGUUAUUGUAACAGUAUAUCCCAUUCGUUAUGCUGCAACUUUGUACAUAAUUAAUUUUUCUUUUAGCGCUUUUGUGCAUAUCAGUAUUUGUAUCUAACACACAAGAUUUGUUCAGACAGAUCUGUUGCUUCCUGGUAAGUUAAUGGGUACCGCCACUUACUGUAUUUGUGAAGAACCAACUGUUUAAUUGUGCGGGUUCCUUUUUAGGUAAACUGUUCUACGGUGGCCGACAGGUGCCAACGUGCUGCAGCGGACCAACACAUUCCAUUAGGAGAAACGCACUGCAACCUCAAAAUGUGUUUUGUCAGUAUAUUCGAAAUAAGUUAAUAAGAUUGGCUUUAUUGAUCCCAUUUCAGGAGAUGGUUUCGUCACAGCAACAUGUGAACGAGACAAUGUGAAAAUAAAAAAGAGGAGAAGCUAAACAAACAUACACAUAAAAUCAAAACAUCUCAAAAUAUCAAAUAAAACUAAACUAAAAAGUCAAAUAGAAACAUAUUGACAGUGAAAUAUGUAUAUCUGUAAAUGACUAAGUUAGCUACGUUAGCUAGCUAGCAGCAAAUCUGCAUGCGUUUUUGGAAACUGCAUUUUUGGAAACUGCAGCUUGCUUCCCAUAAUGGAAAUGUGUUGGGUCGGUGUAACGCGUUUGCACCUGUCGGCCACCGUAGUUCUCCCAUAAUAAAAAAAAAAAAAAAAACCUAUUCUGUUUGCGAGAGAUAAAGAAGCGUCGGCGGGGGUCUCAUUUCUCUGCCUCGUCCCCUCCUGCUGACAGAGGGUCACAAAGCUUCUGGAAUCCUCUCAAGAAUGGCUGCUGGGCUGAAAUCACUUGCAUUAGGGUAUUAGAGAAUUUUAAGUUAAUGUGUAAAUAUAUACAGUAUAUAUAUAUAUUAAAAUGAAUUUUAAAUAAGAA